AGGAGGAACCUGCAGCCGGAAAACAAGGAUCUUUCAACACAUGCGUGUCUAUAAACGAAGCACCGCAUCGUUAGAAUGAAAGAUAAAAACCAUAUGAUCAUCUCCCUAGGUGCAGAAAACGCGUUUGACAAAAUAGAACAUAUUUCCAUGAUAAAAACCCUCCACGAAUGGGGGCAGAGAAGUUGUAUAGCUCAAUACCACAAAGCCCACAUACGACAAAACCCACAGCUGACAUCAUACGCAACAGUGAGAGGUUGAAAGCUUUCCCUCUAGAAUCAAGAACAAGGCAAGGCUGGUCAGAGACGUACCGGGUUAAAUUUCAAUCCUUGACGUUGAAACGUGUUGAGAAUUGGUCCGUGGCUCAGAAAAUGCUUUAUCUUGGCGAACACAUACUUGUACUUGAAAAGAAUGUGUAGUGGACACACAUGUGAAAUUCAGAUCUCCUGUUUAGUGUUCUAAAGACAUCGGUCAAGAUGGAUUCAUUGCUGCUGUUACUAGUAUGAAACGCAUCCCCUCAUCUUUGGUAACACGGUUUUCCUCGAAGUCUGAUUUCUCUAAUAUCGAUAUAACCACAUCAGGCUUCUUUGCUCACUAUUUAUUCGUGCAGGUUUCUGCGCAUGGUUCCGGGCAGCUGGGGAAUGAGACCCGAGUGUCGCUGUUCCUUCUGGAAGGGCUGGCCGACGCAGAGGAGUUGAGGCCCUUGCUCUUUGUGAUCUUUCUGCUGGUCCACAGCGUGGCUGGGCAUUGCCAGCCUUACUGUGAUGGACUCCCGACUCCACACUCCCAUGGACGACUUCUUAGUCAACCUCUCACUGCUGGACACUGCCUAUAUCUCCAGCACGGGGCCUCAGGUGCUGGAACACCUGCUGGCAGCAGUGCGGACCGUGCCCUAUCGUGCUUGUCUUCCCCAGAUCUUCUUUCUCCACUUCCUGGCUCCCUGGGAGUGCUUCCUGCUCACAGCCAUGGCCUGUGACCGCUAUGCGGCCAUCGGCCGGCCACCGCACCACCUAGUCCUCUUGGGCCGUCGGCGGACCCGGGCAGGAAUGGCUUCCACCUCCCGCCUGCUUGCCUUGGCCGAUGCGUUCGCCCACACCGUCCUUGCAGCUCCACUGAGGUUCUGCGGGCCUCGCCUCAUCACCCACUUCUCCUGUGGCCUCCCUCCACUGACCAGACUCUCUUGCUCAAGCACGUGGGCCAGCGAACUUGCCCUGUUUGUCCUCAGUUUCGUGGUGGCUCUUGCACCCCGUGCCCCGGUUGCGAUCUCCUGUGUACGUGUUGUGGCUGCGAUUCUCAGGAUCCACUCCGCUGAGGGCCGAAGGAAAGCCUUUUCCACCUGUGGUGCUCACACCACCGUGGUCUGCAUUUUCUACAUCGCUCCAGUCCUCUGCUACAUCCUCCCCAGCUCUGCGUGCUCUGGCUUGCGGGACCGGGUGCUCCCUGUGCUGUACGUGGUCCUCACCCCCAUGCUCAACCCCGUCGUCUACAGCAUGGGAAACAAGGAGGUGAAGAGGGCUUUGUUCAAGGCCCUCGGGAAAGAAAGUGCCUCCUAGGCACCGGUCACAUCAAGU